GACUGCCGCCAGUGCUUCCGUCCCUUGUGCAUUUGGAUCUACGUCAUUGCCCUCAGCUAACGUCGCUCAAGGGAAUGCCCGAGAUGCCCAAAUUGACAACAUUGAUACUGCCUCCACUGAUACGGAGCCUGCAAUGGAUGCUCAGGAUCCUCUACUCGCUUCAAAGCAUUGAUCUCUCAAGAUGUUCUGAGCUUGCGUCGCUCAAGGAGAUUCCUUAUCUCCCAAACUUGAGAAAAUUGAUAACCCCCAAAGGACUGAAGACCUUGGACAUACCCCUGGAUCACAUCAGCUCGCUUGAGGAGCUCCAUAUGUCGUACUCGUCAAGUCUCGAGUCACUUGAUCGCUUUCCAUACACACCCAAAUUGAAGAUUCUGUGUCUGAACGGUUCAUUUUGCAACCUCCGUGGACUGCCAAGAUGCAUGCCGUCGCUUCAGAUCCUCUAUGUCUGGUGCACCUCGCUCACAUCGCUGGAGGGGUUUCCUGAAACACCCAAACUUGAAGAGCUGGCUCUGACGUCCUCAAUAACCAGCAUGCGCGGUCUGCCGUCCGUAUUUCCCACCUUAACGGUGUUUGCCGUUUGUGAUCAAGGGAGUCCACGUCUCAAGCUCUCUGGAUCGACUCGAUCAUUCCGGGGGCUCCCUGAGUCCCUGAUGAACCUUCUGGAACUGCAUCUAUACUCAUGCACGAAUUUGGAAUCGAUCGAAGGACUUCCGCGUAUGCCUUUGCUCCAGAGGUUGAGUUGCAGUGACACGAGAGGACCAAUAUUCGAUGAGUUAGUGGCCCGACUGAGGACUGAUUCACCGCAACUGAGCGUAUCUGGAUGAAAUCCUCGCUUCAUCACACUAUCAUCGAUCAGCCACAGUCCAGAUUGAGACGAAAGUAAGGUCAGGUGAAGAAGAGAACAACCUGGGUGGUGAUGAGUGGUAGUGGAUGCAUCGAUAACCCUCUGUUGGUACAUCGUGACCGGAGUUGCUUUCCCGGAGCAAAUCUUGGGUGCGUUAAUGUGGCAGCAUGAAAUGACCGACUGGUACAAUGCCUCGGUGUAUCGGAUUGCUCUGGAACAUCAAUAUAUCAGUACAUACAACCCGCCUCAGGGGAUUGUGGAC